AUGAUGUUUGGGAACCAGAAUCCUUACAGUUCAUCUUCUAAUGGGCAGCAGCGAUCACAAAGACGAGAUGGUGGUUAUCAAAUGGGAAGAUCAGUUGAAGGAAACUAUGGCAACGAUGCUAAGAGACAACCAGGAUCGCAACCCCCGCUACGCGAGCAAGUCUAUGCGGAAUCACCUAUUACUGGUGGCUUCACGGAUUUACCACCAUUGAAUUAUCCUGUUACUCCACCGAAUCGUAACGCUCCGAUCUUACAACAUCAGCAACUCACACCGCCGCAAUCUGUGCCAGGCCUUUACAUGAACAACAACGAUUCGUCCAGUCAUCUUCAAAAUGGAACUCAUCUGCAACAGCAACAACAUUAUCAGCAGCAAUACCAACAGCAACAACCAAUAAUUCAGUUCUCACCGGGACAGUACUCGACAGGAUCUGAUUAUAGUCAUAAUAUCAACAGAAGCGGUUCGAGCAGUCCGCUACACCAACCACAACAAUUGCAUUCGAUUGGCUCACAACAUAGUAGUCCUGUGAGAAGCAUAGGAAAUAUGCCUGUGCAACAGCAUCCUCAGCCGCAGCUGAAUCAACAGUUGUAUCAAGGGAAACCGCCACAACAACAGCAGCAACAAGUUUUAGCUCAGCAAUCUCAGUCAAAUUAUAUGUACUUCGAGAGAAGACCCGAUCUACUGACAAAGACGACACAGGACAAAGCUGCUGCAGUUAAGUUGAAGAUAGAAAAUUUCUACCAGUCCUCUGUGAAAUAUGCCAUCGAGAGAAAUCAGAGAAGAGUUGAACUAGAAUCUAGCCUGAAUGCGCAGGACUGGUCUGAGGAGAGGAGGUCGAGGGAAUUGACUUCGCUCGGAAAGAAGGAAUCACAGUUUCUAAGGUUGCGUAGGACAAGAUUAUCUCUUGACGAUUUCCACACCGUGAAAGUCAUCGGUAAAGGUGCUUUCGGUGAGGUUAGACUGGUACAAAAGAAGGAUACAGGUAAGAUAUACGCGAUGAAAACGUUGCUGAAGUCAGAGAUGUACAAGAAGGACCAGUUGGCUCAUGUAAAAGCAGAGAGGGACGUCCUGGCUGGAAGCGACUCUCCUUGGGUAGUGUCAUUGUACUACUCCUUUCAGGACACUCAGUACUUGUACCUGAUCAUGGAGUUUCUUCCCGGUGGUGACCUGAUGACCAUGUUAAUCAGGUGGCAGAUUUUCACGGAGGAUGUCACCAGGUUCUACAUGGCGGAAUGCAUUCUUGCCAUCGAGGCUAUCCAUAAGCUCGGGUUCAUUCACAGGGAUAUUAAGCCAGACAACAUACUGAUAGACAUCAGAGGACAUAUCAAACUUUCAGAUUUCGGGUUGUCCACUGGUUUCCACAAGACACACGACUCAAGCUAUUACAAGAAACUAUUACAGCAGGACGAAGCAAACGGCAAUGACUUACCCAAGCCCAGACAACCAAACGGCAACGAAGACGAGAAUUCAAAUAGACAGACAAUGAUAGUGGAUGCCAUCCAUCUCACCAUGUCAAACAGACAGCAGAUACAGACAUGGAGGAAGUCGCGCCGUCUCAUGGCCUACUCUACCGUCGGUACUCCCGACUACAUUGCUCCAGAGAUUUUCCUAUAUCAAGGUUACGGCCAGGAAUGCGACUGGUGGUCGCUUGGGGCUAUCAUGUACGAGUGUUUGAUUGGUUGGCCACCGUUUUGCUCAGAGACGCCGCAGGAAACGUAUCGCAAGAUCAUGAACUUCGAGCAGACAUUGCACUUCCCAGACGACAUCCACAUCUCGUAUGAAGCCGAAGACCUAAUACGAAGACUGCUGACGCACGCGGAUCAGAGACUUGGAAGGCAUGGCGGUGCUGACGAGAUCAAGAGUCAUCCGUUCUUCCGCGGCGUGGACUGGAACACGAUCAGACAUGUCGAAGCACCAUACAUUCCAAAACUAAGCUCCAUCACAGACACCAGGUUUUUCCCUACGGAUGAGCUAGAGAACGUACCGGAUUCACCCGCCAUGGCUCAAGCUGCCAAACAGAGAGAACAAAUCAUCAAGCAGGGCGGCAAUCCCAAUGCUAACGGCACCCCCGUCAAGGAAGACCUACCCUUCAUUGGAUACACUUACUCACGUUUCGACUAUCUCACGAGGAAGAACGCUUUAUAG